CCGUGUAUUUUGCGUGUAUGUUCAUCUCUCUCUCUCUCUCUCUCUUCCUAUUUCCAGUCUCUUCUAACCUUCGCUUGGUUCUCACUCACCUCUUCUAUCUAACAAAAAAAUACCCAAUUCUCUUUUCUUGACUCCCUUUUGACAAAGACUCUCUCUUUACUCCCUGAAAUAAUUAUUUUGACCCCAAUUCUUGAUCCUCAUUGGAUUCGUCGAACUCACAGCCUGGCGUACUUUUUCUUUGAGAGGGGAAUUUUGGUGAAGCUUCUGGAGAGAAGCAGAAGUAGUUAACACUCUGGCCAACACUCGAGUGAAGUCCUCUCCCUCUUUUGGUGAAUGGGAUAGGGUUGAGGCCAGAAGGAGGAUACUUCUUGGAGUUUCACUUCUUCAUUAUCUUUCUUCUUCUCCAUAUUUGUCUAAUUGGGCUCUUUCAUUGCUUUGGCGUUUGCCUAUUGAUUACGGCUAAUUUGCCAUCUACUAAAGCUGCUGCUUUUUUCAAGAUUCCAUCUUUUUGUAAUUCUGUGUAAGCUUUUUUUCUUGACAUGUGAAUUGUAAACUUUCAAAGAUCAAAACUUAUUUUUUUGUGUGGGGUUGAAAGAUUAGUUGGAAAGGAGGAGCUAACAAAUUGGAAGAAAGAAUUUGAUUUUCAGAGUGAAAGAAAAUGGCAAUUUGCAACUGCUUUUGUGGUCCAGUAGGGAGAAGCAGGAAAGAUAAGGGAGAUAAGAGAGUUCCAAGAACUGCUGAUGAGCCUGUACUAGUUGAAAGUUCUGUAAAAUCUACUGCUAAAACAGAUGACUCGAAAUCGUCUUCCUUUGUUGUUCCUUUACCUUUUGGGGGUUCUAGCAAGGUAAUGAAUCAUGAAAGUCCUGUUAAGGGAGAUACAGAAGAGGUGGCUUAUGAAGGAGAAGAUGAGCAUGAUGAAAGCUUGUCCAUGAAGAGGGACAACUCUGAUUUUGAUCUGCAAGCACGCGGUGAUCAAUCAUUCAACGAAGAGAUUAAUCGUAAUUGCUCAUUUGAAAGUGAAAUGAAUGACCAGGAUCAUAACAAAUCUGAGGAGAUUGUGAAAAGUGGACACAUUAGUGAUCCGGGAUUUGGUAAAGUAGAACCUUGGGCUUCGCCAAGGCUUCAGCGCUCAUGCUCCGAUUUAGCAAUGAGGGAUAUGCUCACUAAAUUGAGUGAGCAGUUAUCACUCUCUAAGUCUAAAUCUUUUGAUGAGAUGCAGAGAUUAGCUGAGAAAAUGACUUUAGGAAGUCCAACUAAUUCUGUGUUGACGCAUCGUAGUGCUGACAGAGUUAUGUUGAAGAAGCAUUCUUCAACCCAACUCCUACCAUCCAGAAGUCGGAAACUGUGGUGGAAACUAUUUCUAUGGAGCCAUAGGAACCUACAAGGAACAGGUGCUAUCCAGCAACUACCAAUCCUUCCUAAGACGGCUCUAAACCAGCAGGGCGGGUACUGCUCGGAUACACUAGAACUAGGGAAAGGCAUGGACUUGAACAAAGGGCGCCGUGAUAAAGGCAAGGAGGUUUUGGAUGACUUCCAAGGAGGAGUAAGUGGGUUUUGGCCACAAAAUCAGUGGGUUGCUUUCCCCGAAGAAUCCUCUAGGUUUAUGAGAAUCAAUGAAUGGGUGAAUGAACUUCCUAGUCAUCCACCAUGCUUAAUUGAUGAACAUGAUCAUGUUGAAGAUGAGGUUGAAGCUAGUAAAUCACCAGCAAGAAGCUCAUCUCUCAUCAGUCCACAUCCGAAUAUAAAUGUCCGGGAAGAGGUUGCACAUGCUAACACAGUCAUCCGUUCUCUCAAUUCUUCCUCAACGGUUGCUCACAUCGCAGGCACUGGUCUGAAAGUUAUCCCUGCCAUGUCGCACUUAUCUAGCCUUCGAUCUGUCAAUUUAUCAGGCAACUUCAUUGUUCAAAUAACUCCAGGAUCACUACCAAAGGGUCUUCAUGUUCUCAAUUUAUCAAGGAACAAGAUUCACACAAUUGAAGGACUCAGAGAAUUGACACGUCUGCGCGUGCUUGACCUAAGUUACAACAGAAUCUCUCGAAUUGGACAAGGUUUGUCAAAUUGUACGCUCAUCAAAGAGCUCUACCUGGCUGGUAAUAAAGUAAGUGAUAUAGAGGGGUUGCACAGACUUCUGAAGCUGACUGUUCUAGACUUGAGCUUCAACAAGAUAACAACAACUAAAGCGCUUGGUCAGCUAGUGGCAAACUAUAACUCUCUGCUGGCUCUGAAUCUAUUGGGAAAUCCAAUUCAGAUCAAUAUAAGUGAUGACCAACUGCGAAAGGCAGUUCGCAGUCUGCUUCCAAAGCUAGCUUUCUUAAACAAACAGCCUGUUAAUUCACAAAAGGCACGAGAGGUAGGAACAGAAGCAGUUGCAAAAGCAGCAUUGGGCAAUAGCACUCGGGGCACUCAUAGAAGAGCAAUCAGGAAAGUUAGCACCGGAGCUUCUUCAUCUUCAAGUGUGUAUAGGAGCAGCGCUAGUGUUGCUCAGAAGAGCAGGCAUAGGCUAAGAAGCCGAGCUCAACAUCAGUCUUCCAAGGCAAAGUGAUCUGCUUUAGCAUCUCCUUGUUCCAAAAUGUUUCAUGCUUUCGGACAGUGCAACCCGAGAAAGCAUGGUUUCAGUGUGUUUCGAUUUUGUUUUAUCUAUUUUUAUUUGUUCUUCAAAUUAGGAGGUUCUUCCUCAUUCUGCAUUGUAUUCAGCAGGAAGUCUUGUUUGAAAUCCAGCUACUUGUGGCUUUCUAUGAUUGUUCAAUUUGGCGUGUUUUUCCAUAUUAAUUUGCACCGUUAUAAACAUACUUUGCCUUCUGUUUCUGGUUGA